AUGGUCUUCACUCCUACUCUCCGCCGCGCCGCGGCCCAGGCCCCCUCUGCCUUUGGCCCCAAGAUCUCCGUCCAGCGCUCGAUCGCUGGCUUCACUCUGCCUUCCGCUGUCAAGGCUGGUACCAUCGCUGGUAGCUUCGGUGUCGCCGCUGGCACCUUUGCCUUGUUCUUUUUCGGCGAUAUCCCCCGUGUCAACCGCGAUGUCAUCCGCCAGAUCCCCUUCUUGGACGCAUACUACGACAACCCUGUUGCCCCUGAGGACAACCCCUUCUAA